GGCUCUUCUCCCCACUCUUUGAGUUGUCGCGAUAUACGAGUAACGCGAGCUGCGUUGGGGUAGUAGAGAAGCGAAAAGCAGACCUACGCGCGGACGCCCAGGAGCGCUGUUCGCUGGCCAAGUGCAGUAGCACCAAAACAGCUGAUUCUGUCAUAACACGGGGGCGCAUUUAAAAGGCUCGUCGCGGCUGCUGGUGCUGUUGAUAUGUGCUGUGCUCCGUUCUCGGUCGACAAAAUCAUAAUAUUGCUUAAAGAAGCAAUUGAAGUCACCAGAAGAAUUAGGAUGCGCGAGUGACUCGACUGGUCGCGCGCUGAUAUGCUUACGGUAUCGCGGCAAAGAAUCGCACUUACAAGGCGAUCGUUGUUAUUCGUCGGCAACAACAACCAAGCCUGUUGCCGCGGCUGCUUUUACUUGGCCUGCGGUGACGAACGCGCGAGAGCCGCUCGCUACUUGUUACAUUAUAGUCGCGUUCGAGAGCUUGUUUAAAGUCGGCCUCGCAGCAGUAGCAGCUCCAAAGUUUGACAGUUCGCGAAUCGUGCUCGCUCGGGCUGGAUUGCAUUUUCGUUAUACGUAUAAGCUGCGUCUCGCAGCUCUGGACUUUAAAUACAGGCCAUCAGCGGAGCUGCACGUAAACGAGUCGCAUAAAGGCGGACGCGCACGAUUCAACUAUUGCAUAUAAUAAAUUAUCCGCCAUGUGGAAGCCCUUCGAGCCUGGAAGCUCACCCAUCGACUGGUGCGAGGGUAAUUACAGCAUUUCGCCGAGCAUCGCCGAGUUCAUGAAUACCCUUAGCAAUGCUCUUUUUGUACUUCUUCCUCCAGUGCUGAUGCAUCUUUUUAGAGAUUAUGGCAGAUUUGUGAAUCCUGGUAUUCAUGUAAUAUGGUUUCUUCUAAUGGUAGUUGGUAUAAGCAGUGCAUAUUUUCAUGCUACUUUGUCAUUAGUAGGUCAAUUACUGGAUGAAUUAACUAUAUUAUGGGUAUACAUGGCUGGUGUUUGUAUGUUCUUCCCUCGACGAUUUUUUCCAUCUGUCUGUCAGAAUAGUAGAAAAAUAUUUUCAUUGUAUACAACUUUGGUUACUGUCAUUGCUACUGUAUUAGCUAUGUUCCAUCCAGCUGUCAAUGCUUUUGCAUUGAUGACUCUUUCAAUUCCUGCUUCUGUUUGUUUGGUCCUUGAACUGAAAAGAACAAAAUCUCAAAGAGUAUAUAGAUUAGGUCUUCGAUGUGGAGCCAUCUUGCUUUUAGCCAUUACUUGUUGGUUGAAUGACAGAUUAUUUUGUGAUACAUGGCUCAAUUUAAAUUUUCCUUAUCUUCAUGCAUUGUGGCAUUUGUUUAUUUUCAUAGCAAGUUAUACAGCAACUGUAUUAUUUGCAUACUUUUCAGUUAAAGAAGAAAGACCUCAUCAAACUCCAAUGUUAAAGUACUGGCCAAGAGAUGACUUUGAACUUGGUAUACCAUAUGUUACAAUUAAAAGUUACAUCAAAAUAGAUCACAACACGCACAUAUAGAUAUGAUGUGCAAUUUUUAUAUUAUAUUAUAACCAAUGAAAAGGCUGAUGAUUUUUUAUUUUUUAAAAUGUUUACUAUCAAGGGAUAGAAAAAAUUGUUGUUAAAAAUAUUUCAAUGACGUAUAGUGAUGCAGUUGAGACUGAGAUGAGUAUUUGGAAUAAUACAUUAUCCAGUUUAUGAGUUAGUUCAUUUUAUAUGCAUAGAGUUGCUGGAAGUUUAACAGAUGAAACCAUUCAAAUCUAGAAAAAUUCUGUGACAUCACUGAAAUAAAUUUUAAGAAACAUUUCUUAAAUUAAAUUAUUAAUCAGGGAGUUUAUGUGAUAUUUAUAUACAUGUGCACUAACACAAAUUAUGAAAAUGUAUUUGUAUGAGAAAAUUAGGAGUAUAUAUACAAAAUAGUAUUUGUACAUAGAUUCAUGUAAGUUUUUAAAUUUUUAAUUUUGAUAUCUGAAUUAUUAAAAUACUAAAUUUCAUCUUUUAUAAAUUAUUCUUGUAACAUCCGAGAAAACGAAACAUACCCCAUUGUAUCAACUAAAGCCAAAUUGUAUUAUUCUAAAGUCAAUUUUGAGAGAUAUUUUUAAAUUACUAACAUUAUAAUAUUUUUAUCGUGAGUAUGUGUAAUGUAAAUAAUAUGAAAAUAAUA